AUGGGAGAUGGCCUAUUCGAAAUCAACACGCAGCCGCAACAAUCGACAUUGAGAUCGUCGGCGAUCCUUCAUGGAACGCCAAGAAGGCAAGGGCAGAGUGGAUGGUCCGGCGGGCAGCAGGAGGAGGUGGAUGCAUCCCGGUCGGGUCCUUCGAGGUGGAGCGGCGGCGCAGGAGCGAGGAGCUGGGCCUGCACCUGCGAGUGGAGUGGUGAAGUCUACGGAAGACAUGGCGAGGGCCCGCGUCAGGGUUAUUGCCCAAAUGUGAAGGAGGAGCACGAAGGAGGCCAGGCAGCGGCGCAUCGAUGGACGCAUGAGGGCAAUGGUCAGGGCGAGAGCGAAAACGGCACGGCAGCGGCGGACCCGGAAAAUAGUGGAAACUGCGAGGAGAAGGGCCGCCGCCGGAAGGGUGCGACAGGCAAGAAAAUGGAAGGCGAAGAUACCGCCGACGCCACGCCCCAGACCGGAGAGGCCGGAGGAGAAGCCAUGCAGGGCGGCCCCGAGUUGGAGGAGGGUCCGGGAGGCGACGCCGUGGCCCGCGGUGCCCCCGACACCGUGUUCACAGGAGCGGAGAGAGGAGCAGCCGGUGGAGAAGGGGCCGUGGGUGUGGCCGGAGCCGCGGAGGCCUGCGCUGGCCCGGCAGAUAUCAUGCCCAGAAAAACGGCCGGCAAGGCCGGUGCUGGAGCGGCAGGCAUCGGUCGGAGGCGGGCGAGAGGUGCCGGAGGACAGUUGGCCGCCGGAGCUUGCCGCAAGAGUGAAGGCGGAGUUAACGAAACGGCGAGGAAAACCCGGAAGGUGGUGCAUCCUGGCACAGGCGUGGUCCUGCACCGGAAAGGACAGGCCAACUCAGGAUCCCGAGCCCGGUUUCGCUCCGGAGGACGAGAAGGACAGGACGAGAGAGGAUCGGCGUCGGUUGGUUUCCUCGAAAGCUACAGGGUAACAGAGUCGAGUGUGGGCUAUUCCAAGUCAAAGCAGGUAGCCUUGCAAGGAAGCGUGGUCCUGCAGGACGCGGAUAAGCCAACUCGGGAACUCACGCCCGCUUUGGAGCGCGAUCGGAGAGGCUCCGAUCACCUACCGAGCAGCUCUUGA